GAAGGAAUACAAGUUAUAUACAACCACAUAAUUGUUUCUGUGUUUAAGGUGCGUAUAGCAGCGAAAUUCAUAAUUCAUGCUCCUCCUGGGGAAUUCAAUGAGGUGUUCAAUGAUGUUCGGUUGCUGCUUAAUAACGACAAUCUUCUCAGGGAAGGAGCAGCCCAUGCAUUUGCACAGUACAACUUGGACCAGUUUACUCCAGUAAAAAUUGACGGUUAUGAUGAACAGGUUUUGAUAACAGAACAUGGUGAUUUGGGAAAUGGAAAAUUUUUGGAUCCCAAGAACAAAAUUUCUUUUAAAUUUGAUCACUUAAGAAAGGAAGCUACUGAUCCUAGACCCCACGAAGUUGAAAAUGCCAUAGAAUCCUGGAGAAAUUCAGUUGAAACAGCAAUGAAAGCAUAUGUGAAAGAACACUACCCAAAUGGUGUCUGCACAGUGUAUGGUAAAACAAUUGAUGGACAGCAGACCAUUAUUGCAUGCAUAGAGAGCCAUCAGUUUCAAGCAAAAAAUUUUUGGAAUGGCCGUUGGAGGUCAGAAUGGAAGUUUACAAUCACCCCUUCAACCACUCAAGUGGCUGGCAUCUUGAAAAUUCAGGUCCAUUAUUAUGAAGAUGGUAAUGUUCAGCUGGUGAGCCAUAAAGACAUACAAGAUUCUCUAACAGUGUCUAAUGAAGCCCAGACAGCAAAGGAAUUUAUAAAAAUCGUAGAGGCUGCAGAAAAUGAGUAUCAGACUGCUAUCAGUGAGAAUUAUCAGACUAUGUCGGACACUACUUUCAAGGCCUUACGUCGACAAUUGCCAGUUACCCGCACCAAGAUUGACUGGAACAAGAUCCUUAGCUAUAAGAUUGGAAAAGAGAUGCAGAAUGCUUAAAGUGAACGUUGCAUGACUGGAUCAUUUUAGUAUCCUUGUAUACAAAUAAAAAUUAUUACAAAAAAUAUUUGGAACUGUCAAAUCACCCAGUCAGCAUGGGCUUUCGCCAUUGAAAAUCACUGUAAGUAGUUUGGUUAGAGCACAAAGCUUAGCUAAUUGACUUUUUUCCUUUUUUUCUUUCUUUUCAGAGGGUUGCAACUUCAGUAUAGCUGAGUAUCUUCCUUUAGAGUUUCUGUUGUACCUUUAUUUUUUAUAAUGAAGAGACCAUGCCUUUAGUUUUCAAUUACACAUUAAGAACAGUUGGAAAAAUAUUUUUGCAUAUGAUAACCCUUUCUCUUGCUUUCAUGUGAAAUGGAUAACUUCCAAAACUUGCUGGAUUCCUUGUUGAGAUCAGUAAUGUGCAUUUCUAUGUCAAGGUCAACAUGGAGUUACCCAUAGGUGCUGGUUUUGAAAUCAUCUAUCCUUUCAUUGUAUGUAAAAUUGGGAAAAGCGUUUUCUAGAUCAUUUAAACCUUUCAGAAUACUUAAUUAGCUAGCUCCAUGGUAACUAGUUUUUUUUAAAAAAGAAAAGGCCAAGGUCUAACUCUGUUUUAAGAUUUUGAAAUUAAAUAAAAGUACUUAUUUCAGAAAUGCAUUUAAUGCUUUGUUCCUGACAAUUACUUAAAUGAAUUCAAACUCCAUCUGCCCUUGAGUUUUUUUAUCCUAAAGCCACAAAUGUAUUAUAACAAGGCAUAUUGUAAUAUAUAUAAUCCUGUGCUCAUUAAUAUGUCUGUCAGUUUAUUUUUUUUUUUUCUUGGAUUGAAAUGUACUAAAAUUCAAUGUGACAUUAAAAUGCAAAUUUUCUAUUUA